UAUCGACUCAUCGUGACAAGAAGUACAGGCAACACAAAUUGUGGUUUUACUGCGAACUUUGGGUGUAAUCCCAAGAAUUUUAAGUAAAAUGGGUGAAAACCAAAUUCAAAAUUUUGACUACAAAGAAAAUAAUUUCGGAAUAAGACAUUUACAAUGUUUUCUAAUAUCUGUUUGUUUGGCGGUAACUUUUGCCCUCCAAGUCAAUAUGCCAAUUGCUAUUGUGGCAAUGACGGAUGUGACAGUUGAUUCAACUAUUGGAGUUCAUCAAUGGUCUGAGCAAAUAAAAUCACUUGUCCUUGGUAGUUGCUUCAUGGGAUCUGUAAUUGGAAUAAUUCCAGCUGAUUUGCUCGCCCGUAGAUUCGGCGGAAAAGUUAUGAUAUUUUCAAGUUUAUUCAUAUCUUCAAUUCUGGCCCUUCUAACACCGAUUUCUGCUAACUUUGGCGGAUGGUUCUUAAUAUUCAUUGUACGUUUCAUCCAGGGCAUUUGUCUGGGCACCACUUUCCCAGCGAUGCAUAAUUUCUUAUCUAAAUGGGCUCCAGUUCAGGAACGUGCAAAACUAGAAACCUUCUGCUAUUGUGGAUCACAACUUGGAACUGCACUCAUGCUCAGUGUAAGUGGAGAAAUUGCCAUCUCAAUGCUAGGAUGGCCUGGUAUAUUCUAUAUAUCUGGGGCAAUUGGUUGCCUUUGGGCCGCAUUAUGGGACUUUUUCUCCUCGAGUUGUCCGGAUGAAAGCCACUUUAUAAGCGAAGAGGAAAAGAUGUACAUUGAAAUGCUGCCAAUUCCCAGCUGUGAAACUUGUGAUGAUGAAUCAUUUGAAGAAGAUCUACCUUUGCCACCGAUUCCAUGGAAGAACAUUUUUAAAUCAGUGCCUUUUUUGUGUUUAUUGCUGGCAAAUUGUACAACCUCGUGGGGGUUUUGCACUUUGUUAACUCAAAUACCUACGUUUUUAAGAAACUCUCUCGGAAUGGAUAUCCAAACGACAGCCUUUUAUGCUUCCUUGCCGUUUUGGGCGAUGCUUCUGAUGAGUUGUUUGUUUCUACUUGUUUCGGAAGUCCUUCAUAGAAAUCAACUGAUCAGUGUUUCAGCAAGUCGGAAAUUAUUCAAUACCGUCUCUCAUUGGAUUCCUAUGCUCGGCCUCAUCGGCUUAGUGUUUUUAGACCGAACCAAUCACACUCUAGUCAUUGCCCUUUUGACGCUAACAGUUGGAAUGAUUUCUGCCAGUUACUUUGGAUUUCAACUAAAUCAUUUCGAUUUAACACCAAAUUUUGCUGGAACAUUGAUGGGGUUGUCAAAUUGUGCAGCCUUUCUCAUGAGUGCCAUAGCAACAAUAGCAGUUGGAUUUAUUGUUAACGAUGUGAAAAAUCCACACCAAUGGAAUGUUGUUUUUAUUGUUGCAGCUGUGUUCUUUUUUAUUGGUAACUUUGUGUUCAUAAUUUUUGGAAAAUUUGACACACAAGACUGGAAUGAGACCAAUGUUGCAAUGGAUGGUGAACAUACCCCAAAUAGACGUAAUUCCGUUAAUAUUAACGUGGAGUGUGUUUACUAACAAAGUAACAAAAGUCUAACCUACAAAUGUUUAGAAUUUUAAAGACCUAAUAAUGUAUUAUGAUAGUUUUGUUAUUUUUGACUUGUUAAAGCUUAGAAUAAGUUUCAAAGAAUUAAAAAUUGAAAUCUCUGUCGGUAGAAAUAACUGCCAUUUUUAAGAUAUCUAAGGUAUGUUUUAUGUGGUAUCAACAUUAACACAUAUAUUGAUAAAAGGAAAUAAACCCACGCAUUGUGCACUAGUUCAAUUGU